AUGCACAUGCAGUCGACUUCCUAUCAUGCAGAGAAAACAAAGAAUUUUGUCAGUCGGAGCCUGGUUAUAGGAAAAGUCCUCUCCAUAGCAGACGUGGCCACAGGAGUAAAGUGUGGAAUAAUUUACUGGCUAUUCGGUGGUGCCAUCAGGAGUCUCGGAAGCCCAGCACGUGUAACUAAGUGGCUUCAGCCACUCCAGGAGCAGAAAUACACGGGGAUGUUUGCAAUGACCGAGAGGGGCCACAGGAGCAACGUGAGAGGGAUCCAGACGGAAGCCACCUUUGACCUCUCUGCACAGGAGUUUGUAAUCGACACACCAUGCGAAAAUGCUGAGAAGAUGUACAUUGGAAACGCCACGUACGGGAAUUAUGCAGCAGUCUUUGCCUAGCUCAUCAUAAACGGAAGAUCUCAAGGGCCCCACUGUUUCAUCGUUCCUGUCCGCGAUGAAAACGGAAGCAUGUACCCAGGAGUGACAGCUAUUGAUAUGAUGUAUAAAGGAGGUCUGCAUGGUGUUGAUAACGGGAUUCUGAGAUUUGACAAGGUUCGGAUACCAAGGGAGAACCUGCUGGAUAAGUUCGGUUCUGUGGCUCCAGAUGGGCAGUACCACUCCCCCAUUAAGGACAAGAGUGCAAGAUUCAAUGCGAUAUUGGCGGUGCUGACCCCUUCGAGACUGGCUGUGACUUUCCAAGCUACGGGCUCUGUGAAGCUUGGAUUGAUGAUAGCCAUUCGCUACAGCCACAGCCGGAGGCAGUUUGGGCCCAAAGCCAAGGAAGAGGUCAAGAUUAUUGAGCACCAAACACAGACCCUGCGGCUGAUGCCUCACCUGGCCACGGCCUUGGCCCUGAUCUUCGCCAGCAGGUAGGCUGGCAUCCUUCUGGACGAGGACAUCUUCCGAGGUUAGGAGCUUGUCGGCAGUCUCCCGCUGCAGGUGCUGGUGGCGGGGCCGAAGGCCUACAGUACCUGGGAGAACAUCGGCUGCCUGCAGGACUGCCGAGAGUGCGCUGGAGGCCUGGUUGUGGUUCAGGAACUGCUGGCUCAGUACACCAAGCAGUAUGAAGAAAGACCCACCUCCAGCCUGCCCCGAAACUGGACGGAAUCAGGGGGUGACAAGCUGAGAACCAGUUUCCUGGCGUUUAACAUGGACACAGUCGGUAAUCUCACCUUUCUGUUGAAAGCAGUCAAUUUUCGUGAAAGGGUUCUUCAGCGGGGUUUGGUGGCCCGGAUUUAUUAUAAGGUGACAACCGAGAAGGAGGACUUUUUCAGUGCCUGGAACUCGUGUCUUCACCACGUCACUUGCCUGUCUCUGGCACACAUUCACAGAGUUACUUUAGAGCGGUUCUCCCUGGCCGUGAGGAGAUGUCCUGAAGAGGACCAGGCUUUGUUAAAGAAGUUUUGUCUGCUAUAUGGAACCAAACUGGUGUUCCAGGAGCAAGCCUGGUAUCUAGAACAUAAAUAUUUGACUCCCCUGGCCAGCAUGAAGACUAGGCGUCAGUUGCUCUAUUUGUGCAACUCACUGAAGGAUGAUGCCCUGAGGGGGAUCUCCGCCUUUAACAUCCCACAACCAAUCGCUGGAAUCGCCGACCCGAUGGCCUCCUGGGCCUUCUACCCAGCACCGCAGCAUCCCCUGGCCCGGGAAGGAGCGCGGUCUCCGCGGCCCAAGCUGGGAGCCAAGUUAUAG